GGUGCCGCCUGCGAUUCCACGCCUCCCUGCCCAGUAUCGCCGGCCAGGACGUGUCUCACACCCCCCUCCGGAGCCCGACCCGGCCAGGUGACAGCAACAUGGACCUGGAGAGUAAAGUGAAAAAGAUGGGCUUGGGCCAUGAACAAGGUUUUGGUGCCCCCUGCUUGAAAUGCAAGGAUAAGUGUGAAGGAUUUGAGCUUCAUUUCUGGAGAAAAAUAUGCCGUAACUGCAAAUGUGGCCAGGAAGAGCAUGACAUCCUCACAAGCAAUGAGGAAGAUCGGAAAGUGGGGAAACUCUUUGAGGAUACGAAAUACACAACCCUUAUUGCAAAGCUGAAGAAUGAUGGCAUUCCCAUGUAUAAACGCAAUGUCAUGAUACUGACUAAUCCAGUGCCGGCCAAGAAGAACAUAUCCAUCAAUACUGUGACUUUCGAGUGGGCUCCUCCCGUUCAGAAUCAGACACUUGCUAGACAGUAUAUGCAGAUGCUACCAAAGGAGAAGCAGCCUGUUGCUGGCUCAGAAGGCGCACAGUACCGGAAAAAGCAGUUGGCUAAGCAGCUGCCUGCUCAUGAUCAGGAUCCUUCAAAAUGCCACGAGCUCUCCCCCAAUGAAGUUAAGCAGAUGGAACAAUUUGUAAAGAAGUACAAAACCGAGGCGCUUGGUGUAGGAGAUGUCAAGCUCCCUGCGGAGGUGGAAACGAGAGCUCCUGACAAGAAUAACUUGGACAAUGGUGAUAGAGGUACCUCAGCUGCUGUAGGAGUGAUGGAAAACAAGUCCUCAGACCAGAAGGCAACUCAGUAUUCCUGCUAUCGCUGCAAACUGACCAUGAAAGAAGGUGACCCAGCUGUCUAUGCAGAACGUGCUGGAUAUGAUAAACUCUGGCACCCCGCAUGUUUUGUCUGUUGCACCUGCAGUGAACUUUUAGUAGACAUGAUCUACUUCUGGAAGAAUGGCAAUCUGUAUUGUGGAAGACAUUAUUGUGAUAGCGAGAAACCCCGCUGUGCUGGAUGUGAUGAGCUAAUAUUCAGCAAUGAAUAUACUCAAGCAGAAGGUCAAAACUGGCAUCUGAAACACUUCUGCUGUUUUGACUGUGAUUGUGUUUUGGCUGGAGAAAUCUAUGUAAUGGUGAAUGACAAGCCAGUCUGCAAACCCUGCUAUGUGAAGAACCAUGCUGCGAUCUGCCAAGGCUGUCAUAAUGCCAUAGAUCCAGAAGUUCAGCGUGUGACAUACAACAGCUUCAACUGGCAUGCUACACAGGAAUGCUUCAUAUGCUCCUGUUGCAGCAAGUGUCUAAUUGGCCAGAAGUUCAUGCCAGUGGAAGGGAUGGUCUUUUGCUCCGUUGAAUGUAAGAAAAAAAUCAUGUCUUAAGACAUGCACAGAACCAAGCAUUGCUUCAUUCCAAAGGCAUUUAAGAUCAUUGAAAGUAUUAAUGAGCAUUUUUUCCAAAGUUGUUUUAAUUACUAAAACUUGCUAUAUAAUCUUAAUUUCUUAGUUGUAAUAAUAACUUCCUUUUCUGGAAUAUUGUUCCUGAGUCUUACGUCAAGUGUCUUCAUGUCCCAGAAAUGUAAGAAAAAAAUGUGUUGUGAGCUAUAUACACUUUAAGGGAGCACUUCACUCUGAAGGAUCUUCGUGCUUUAUCUUGACAAAUGGAAAAAGACUUUGUGAAAAUGCUCCCAUUUUUCUUGGUCUGUAUGAUAAAUGUAACACUUCCACUUCCAGUUUCACUAACUUAGGUUUAGGUUCCCUGCUUUCAUCAAGCACUUUAAACAAAAUGAUCAGCUUUACUGCCGCAUGCAGUUUUGUUUGCUAGACCUCAAGCACGCAGGGAGAAUGAAUCU